AUGGGCAAUAAAGAAGACGUCAAACGAUCGCUAGAUCUAGAUGAGCCUAAUGAGGAGCCCCCGCCGCCAUAUUCAGAGUAUACAGAAAGUACAGCGUCAAAUAGCCUCGAGACUUCGAACGGGGAGUCAUCAUCAUCAAUAGCAGCGCAUUCCGACAAUAUCGUCGACAUUCCUGCUCACUUUUCCCUCUACCGCUCUUCUCACGGUUUGGGCCAUCACUUCGUCAUUGGGGGCCACAGAAACAAACCUGUAUUCGCCGUGACGACCCAUUUUGGCUGGAUGGGAAUGCCCGAUGUCGUUUUGCACAGCGGGCCAACCAAAGAUUCGCCCAUGCUGGCUGGUGUAAACUCGGAUCUCUUUAUACGUUCGACGCCCGUCAAGCUCCGCCUUCCGGGCCAGCCGGCGACGGACGAGCACGUGCAGAUUGCCCGCGAGGGUGGCGCCCACAGAUUCAUCAUUGACCAUGGUGAGCCCGAAGGACGCACCGUGUACGAGUGGUUGCCCAGCCUGUCGCCCGCCGUUGCCUCCGUGGGCGGCCGCACGCAUUGGGAGCUGGUGCGAUACCCAGAAUUUCACGCCGACCAAGGCAAGCUAGUAAUUGCUCACUGGGCCUUUGAACGCGGUAUGAGCUUAUCGAAAGAGCUCACCUUUGAGUUCCUUGACCCUAGUAUCCAACUCACGACGGGGGACGCCUGGGCUGUCAUGGCAAUGAUUACUGCGUUGAGGAUAUGGGAUAAGACGGGAAAGUCGGUGAAUAAUGCUGGUGCUCAGUGA